AUGUCUCGCCCUGCAGCCAAAAAACCAGAAUAUCAAAAAAUAAACAAAGACCUUUUCGUACUCACCUACGGAGCUCUGGUUGCCCAGCUAUGCAAGGAUUAUGAAAAUGAUGAAGAUGUGAACAGAUACUUAGAUAGAAUGGGUUACGGUAUUGGAACACGGCUGGUAGAAGAUUUUUUGGCUCGAUCCUGUGUGAGAAGAUGCCACAGUUAUUCGGAAAUCAUAGACAUAAUUGCCCAGGUUGCUUUCAAGAUGUACUUGGGCAUCACGCCGAGCGUGGCCUGUCACAAUUCAAGCCGAAACGAAUUCUCCCUGAUUCUAGACAAGAAUCCUCUGGCUGAGUUUGUGGAAGAGCUGCCUGCUGGACGAUCUGCGCUGUGCUACUGCAGCCUGCUCUGUGGGGUCAUCCGAGGCGGCCUGGAGAUGGUUCAUUUGGCUGCUGAAGUUACAUUCUUGCAAGACAGACUAAAAGGCGACAGUGUGACAGAAAUUGGAAUAACUUUUCUAAAAAAGCUGGACGAGAAAAAAUAUAGACGGAAAAAAUGA